ACGGCACUCACUCGCAAAUCUCGCAUCACUGUCGUGAUGACGUGAGCCGAAACUGCUUGCUAGCUUGUUAGCUACCUCGCAUAUUCAAUGGUGGGACGUAAAAGGGAUAAAAGAGAUGCCGGCCACGUUAAACGUUUUAGCAGUGUCAUAACUUUAUUUUAUUCACGCCAUAAAAAAGAAGAGCUGGGACAUCUAGUGAUGUCGCAGUUCGAAGGCGCGGCUAGUUUAGCUCCGGUUGCUAAGUGAUUCGGUGUGAUUUGAUAUGGCGGCUCGUCGGCUCGCUUGCGCUCGCUCCAAUUUGACCAAUUUCACCACUAUUCAUCUCGACAAACCUCGAGAGUAUGGCGCAUGAAUAAAAGUGUACAAAUAGUAUCAAUCUGUUGUGAAAAUCUCCUGGUCCGGCAUGGAGCCGAGCGACCUGCGGGAGAGCCCUGCCGGUUCCGGGGAGUCCGACGCCGGGGACUGGAGGGAGGUUCGACCGGGCGGGGAUGACGAUGGCAAAGCCGCCCAUUGCGAGCCGGCGGCGGUGUCACCGCCGAGGGACACCUGCCGCCAGGAUGUCGGUGGCGAUAAUCAUGCUAGCAAGGUGGGCGAGCAGCGCCACAGCCCCUACGAUGACGAACUGGACCCCCGAAUACAGGAAGAGUUGGAGCACCUGAACGAAGCCAGCGCAGAAAUAAACAAACUAGAGCUGCAGUUGGACGACGCCCGCUCGGGAUAUCGCAAGAUUCUCACCGAGUCGGCCCGGAAGCUCAACGCUCACAGCUCCCAGCUGGGCGGCUGCAUCGAGAAGGCCCGCCCGUACUACGAGGCCCGGCGGCUGGCCAAGGAGGCUCAGCAGGAGACCCAGAAGGCGGCGCUGAGCUACGAGCGCGCCGUCUCCAUGCACACGGCGGCCAGGGAGAUGGUGUACGUGGCCGAGCAGGGUCUGAUGGCGGACGGGAAGAACACUCUGGACCCCACCUGGCAGGAGAUGCUCAACCACGCCACCGCCAAGGUGAACGAGGCGGAGGAGGAGCGUCUCCGCAGCGAACGCGAGCAUAUGCGCGUGACUCACGCGUGUCAGGAGGCAGAAGGGCGCGUGCAGACGCUGCAGAAGUCGUUGAGGAGAGCCAUCGUCAAGUCCAAGCCUUACUUUGAGCUCAAGGCGCAGUUCAACCACAUACUGGAGGAGCACAAAAGCAAAGUCGUGGAGCUGGAGCAGCACGUGUCCAAAGUGAAGACCCGCUACUCGUCUGCUCUGAGGAACCUGGAGCAGAUCAGCGAGCAGAUCCACGCCCAGAGGGUCGGCGACCCCCCGGGCGGACGCAGCCCCCCCGUGGGCGCCGAGUCGGAGGGCGGAGCCCGCGGCGGCCCGCCGGACCCCGAGCGGGCCGGCUCCGACUCCCUCUCCGUCUUCAGCCUGCAGACCAUCGCGUCCGACCUAGAGAAGUACGAUUCGGUGGAGCACCUGGGCGACCUCAGCGACGCCGGCAGCGUGACGGGCGAGGAGACGGAGAAGCCCGGCCGUGUCGAUGCCCGCCGACGUCAAGAGCAGUUUUCCAAGCAGCACCACCGCAGCUUUAGCUUGUAGCGCCAUCUGGACUACAAACAUGGCCGCCCGACCAGACAAGACGCCAAGUUGGGAUUCUGUUCUACAGGUUUUGGGGUAUCUUAGCAUGAAGAAAGUGGGCGGGAUUAACAAUAGGCACGCCCCAUCCUUUUCGCACUUGACAUAUUUGUCGCAAGUUAAGGGAAUAUUUGUCGCAUUUUGGCUGAUGGCGUCUUAACGACGCUGCUUGACGCUGCCCUUCUUUUUUUUUUGCCGAGAACUUUUUUUAUUUAUUUUUAGAAGGAAUUACCGUAUUUCUCCUAAUGUAUGUGCACCCGACUAUAAGCCCCACCCACCAGUUUUGACAAGAUUUGUUGUUCAAACGUAGUCCACACUGGAAUAUGAACCGCAGCGUUUUUGCAUUGUUUUAUGGAAUAUUUCAACAGGUGGUCUGAAACUUGUGGACUGCGGGCUAGUCGAGGCCCGCGGGACGAUAUUUUGCAGCCCGCUAUUUGACAUCAAAAUGUGGUAUUAGAGUGAUUGUUUUGACAAGGGCAAAAAAAAUAAUAAUUUAAGUAAAAAUUAUGAAAUUGAAAAAAAUUUUCAAAAACAAUAAACAUACAUUUUUAACAAGUAGCCCACAUAUAUAUUGCCAUGGGAAAUUUAAAAAAUGCAAUUCUAAAUAAUAUGAAAUCGUUCAUUUAAUUAAGAAAAUAUUUAAAACUGAAAAAUACUUGAAUAAAACAAAUGUUUAAUUUAUAGAAAAAGAUAACAUUUAAAACAGACUAAUAAACACAUUUCAAAAGAAAUCUAAGUAUAUUUGCAUAAAUUAUAAAUUGUAUAAUUUUAAAAAUACUGCCCAUAGUUAGCUUGGAUUGGCUCCAGCACCCCCGUCGAUUUGGAAAAUAAUGAAUAAUUUAAAAAAUAUAAGUUAAAAAAAUUAAUAAAAUUUUAAUUAAAAAAAUAAAUAAGAUAAUAAUUAACAUGAAUUUAAAGAAAAUAUAACAUUCCAAUAUUUUGCCAUGGGCAAUAAAAAAUAUAGAGAAUUCUAAAUUAAGAUAUAUUUUAAAAUAUAUAAAUAAAAAAAUUAUGUAGCUCACAUUUGUUAUAUUAAAUCUCUUAUGAGCUGAAAGAGGUCAAGCUAAUGCUAACUUUUAAUGUUUUUAUCGAAUAGUAAGCCAAAGUAAACCCUUUUUUUUUGGGGGGGGGGGGGGGGUCCUGAUAAUCACCCAGAUUUUAUGUUCAGCGCCCCUUAAAAAAAAUAGGAGUUUGAGACCCCUGAUUUAUACCAACAAACGUAGCUCAUGAGCAUGUAAAUUCCAUAAAUUAGCCACACUGGAAGUAGCAGCUGCUUAUUGCUGCGUUAUCUUGCCCCACCAAAAACAACAACAACAAAAAAAGAUUCCAAACAUAGCCCGACAAAAGAAUACCUUUCACUUUUAAUUGUUAAAUUUUCCAUUUUCGAUGUGUUGAACAUCACAUUUCAUGUGAUGCGUUUGGUGUUACAUGUGACGUUUUAAUGUGGUCACCUAAAACAUUAGUUCUUGUGUUAAAAGGUGGAGUUAAAAACGUUACAGCUAACUUUUAGGUUUUGUUCUUAACCAAUUUUAUUUUGAAAAGUGUACCUUGCCUGCAACUAAAUUUGAACAUACUUCGUCUACCUAAUAGUUUUCGGAAAAGUGUACAUUUGUUCUCCCCAGAUUUUUUUUUUUUUUUUUUUAAUUGUUAAAAUGUUUCCAUCUUAAAGGAUUGUAAAUCAGGAGAGUGUUUCAUAUUUGAAGAAAAUUAGAUUUAAAAAUUGUACACAAUUUUGAGUAUGUUUGAAAAAGUUUUUUUUUUUUUUUUCCCCUAACAUUUUGAGGAACAACAAAAUUUGUUUUGACAAAUUCACAAUUAGACAAAACAAAAAUAUAAAUGUUUGUUAUGUAAAAUUUGGUUUGGACGCAUUCACAAUUAGACAAAAAAAAAAAAGAUGCAUAAAUUUUUUAAAUCUAAAACUGGUUUGGACUCGUUCACAAUUAGACAAAAAAAAUCUAGAAUUUUUUUUUGUUCCCUAAAAUUUUGUUUUUGACGCAUUCACAAUUAGACAAAAUCUAUAAUUUUUUUUUAAAUCUAAAAAUUAGUUUGGACUUAUUCACAAUUAGACAAAAAAAAGUCUAGAUUUUUUUUUGUUCUCUAAAAUUUUAAGGAAUAACAAAUAUUGUUUUGACAAAUUCACAAAUAGGUAAAAAAAAAAAAAUUCUAAAAUUUUGAGCAACAACAAAAUUUGUUCUAAUUCACAGUAAGAUUUAUUUAUUUAUUUUUAAUUCAGAUUUUUAUGUGACCUGAAAUUUUGAGGAACACUAAAUUUUAUUUAGACGCAUUCACAAUUAGGCCAAAAAAUUGUAGAUUUUUUUUUUGUUCCCUAAAAUUUUGAGGAACGAAAAUUUUGUUUUGACAAAUUCACAAUUAGACAAAAAUAUAUAUACAUAUAUAUAUAUAUAUUUGUUCCCUAAAAUUUUGUUUGGACGCAUUUACAAUUUACAAAAAGGCACAAAUUUUUUUUUUAUAUAAUUUUUGGUUCCCUAAAAUAUUGUGGAACAACAAAUAUUGUUUUGACAAAUUCACAACCAGGCAAAAAUAUGUAAUUUUUUUUUUUUUUUUGGUUCCAUAAAAAUUUGUUGGGACACAUUCACAAUUAGACAAAAAAAAUUUCUUUAAAAUUUUGAGCAACAAAAUUUGUUCUGACAAAUUCACAUUAAGAUUAAAAAAAAAAAUCUCAUUUUAUGUGACCUAAAAUUUUGAAGAAUAGCAAAUUUUGUUUAGACACAUUCACAAUUAGCCCAAAAAAUUCUAGAAUGUAUGGUUCCCUAAAAUUUUGAAGAAAAGCUAAAUUUGCUGACAAAUUCCCAUAAUUUUUUUUUUUUUGAGGAAUAGCAGUUUGUUUUGACAGAUUCAAAAAUAGAAAAAAAAUAUAUUAUUUUUUUUCUUGUUCCCUAAAAUUUUGUUCAGAUGUAUUCACAAUUAGACCAAAAAAAAUAUUCUAGACAUUUUUUGUUCCCUAAAAUUUUGAGGAACAACAGCAACUAUUUUUUUUGUUUUGACCCAAUUCACAAUGACACUCAAUAAAUAACAUUCAUUUUCACGUGGUCUCCGUUUGCCCGACGGUAGAUUAUUUUUUAAAAAACUGUACACUUGACAUGAACCUUAUUAGUAUUAUUCCACACAUUUUGACCAAAUUGGCAGAAUUAAAGGUUGCUUAAUUUAAAGAUUCAGCCUUUUGUUUUGGGAAAAAAUAUUUUUAUUUAGUGAAUUUUAUCCCUCUGGUUUCCUGGAGUAACAACUUGAAAUUGUGUCAUUGGCACCAACAGCAGAAAAUUGAACUCUUACAAAAGAUGAUGAAAUAAAAUUGUGCAUAUUUAUGUGUUACGACCACAAACAGUCCUUGAUUAUUUUUAUCACUGUUACAUGAGUCUGGUUUUAAUAUUCUAUAGAUGCAAAUUUGCAUGGGAAUGAAUUUUAUGGAACAGCUCAUUUUAAAGCAAAAGCAAUUGUUUGCUAAUAUCAAUGUAAUCUGCUUUCAUUGAGGCCUACAGAAAUAUGAAUAUGCUUUUUUUGUUUUGUUUUCUUACAUUUUUUUUUUUUUUUCCCCAAAGUUUUUAAUAUAAAAUGAGUGAAGGGCAUCCCCCCCUUUUUUUUUUUUUAUUUAAAUGCUUUCUGUAUUAAAUGUUUAUGGUAUUUAAUUAUCUUUUUAAUUUAAAUGCUUUCUGUAUUAAAUGUAAAGGUAUUGAAUGAU